GUGUUUAUGACGCAACACCUCCAAUUCACCACGCACGGGCACACGCGCAUCCGCGCACACUUGUGGCUCUGCGUGGAUGCGGCGUGAGAAGAACGAAGAAAUACGAGCAACAUUUCAAAGCGUUUUUGCAUCCUCGCAACGGUGUGCAACGGGGCGUUCCCCCGAUCGAGCACGUGACGCGUCAAAGCGAGAGGAAGGGAGAGACUGCAAAGUCCAUCUCUUUCUGCUCAAUCUCUCCUCCUCUUUCACCAGUAGAGCCGCGAGCGGAGCUCAGCCGGCCAUUCGCAUUCACAGCGCAAGGCAGCGCAGCAUCACCGUCUGUGACAUCCACCCGGGCCGAGAUGGAGGCACCAGGCUUGGCGCGCAACAUCAGCAGCCCGCUGAGCCCCUGCGAGGGGAUGAUCAAGGACCUCAGCCUGGACACCAUUAAGCUGUGUGAGCGAGACGGAAAUAAAUCACAGGAUGGCGCCAUCUCCGAUACGGAGGAGCUGCCGAUCCCGCAGAGCAUCAAGAUCAGUCACAUCACCUGUGACUCCUUCAAGAUCUGCUGGGACAUGGAGCAAUGCGGCAAGGACCGCAUCACGCAUUACUUCAUUGACCUCAACAAGAAGGAGAACAAAAACUCCAACAAGUUCAAACAUAAGGAUGUGCCGACCAAGCUGGUGGCCAAGGCGGUGCCCCUGCCCAUGACAGUUCGGGGCCACUGGUUCCUGAGCCCUCGCACCGAGUACACGGUGGCAGUCCAGACGGCGUCCAAACAGACCGACGGAGACUACGCUGUCUCGGAGUGGAGCGAAAUUGUCGAGUUCUGCACCGCCGAUUAUUCCACAGUUCAUCUCAACCAGCUCCUGGCCAAGGCCGAGGCGAUCGCCGGCCGCAUGCUGCGUUUCUCUGUUUUCUACCGCAACCAGAAUAAGGAAUACUUUGACCACGCCAGGGAAGAGCAGGGCAACCGGAUGCUCCCCUCAGUGAAAGACAACAGCGGCAGUCACGGUUCUCCAAUCAGUGGCAAACUGGAGGGUCUUUUCUUCAGCUGCAACACCGAGUUCAACACGGGCAAGACCCCGCAGGACUCCCCGUACGGUCGCUACCGCUUCGAGCUGCGGGCUGAAGCCCUGUUCAACCCUGACACCAACCUCUACUUUGGGGACUUCUACUGCAUGUACACGGCCUACCACUACAUCAUCCUGGUCCUGGCGCCCAAGGGCUCGCCAGGGGAUGACUUCUGCAAACAGAGGCUGCCCGCUCUCGACAUCGCCGACAACCGCUUCCUCACGUGCCAACAGGAGGAAGCUGGCGAUGGUGGCGGCCUGGUAUUCCAUCACGCCCAGGAUGUGAUCCUGGAGGUCAUCUUCACGGAGCCCGUGGAUCUGGCGCUGGGCACAGUGGCCGAGAUCAGCGGCCACCAGCUCAUGAGUCUGUCCACCGUCAACGCCAAGAAGGACCCCAGCUGCAAGACCUGCAACAUCAGUGUGGGACGCUAGCGAGGGGAGGGGGUGCAACACUUGCAUGAAAUGGCGCAUUAAAGUAAACGUCCAACAUCAUAAAUGCUGUCAGCCAUCCACAUUCACAAAAAUGCAACCUUUACUUUUUUGUUCCUGUACCUACUGCAUUUACAUAUAUGAAAAAGAUGAACAAAACACACAAUCAAAUUUCAGUAUUUUCAGCACUUCACCGACGCUUACAAACACGCUUCUCUGAUUAAUUUAAUUUGUCUCUUACUAAUGAAUUAAUUUUUUUCCACCCCUUUUGCCUUGUUAUGGUCAAGCAUCGUUAUUCUUUCCAACUUGAUUUUGAUCCUCUUAGUUUGCCGUUCCAGCGGGAGGACACCUUUUCGCUACCUCCAACUAUGGCAUGUACUGAGGCUGCAGCAUCCUGUUAUAUUUCUUGAAACCAAAGGUACAAUAAAACAAGCUGUGGAAUCGAACUCGUACAACAGGCCUCGAAAACGUACUGUGAUGGACCAGCGUGAUAACCUUUAUAAAAAGCAUGAUGCAGUCUUUUAGCAACACGGGUGUACUGUGAGUCUCGUCGCCAUGGCAACCCAUUCCGCAAGUUAUUGUGCAGUGGUUGGUGGAAAGGUAAAAAUGUUUCGCGGGGUAAAUGUGAAAAAAUAUUUAUUUUGUAUUCGUAUGUACAUGGAGGGCGGGGGCAUAUAGUGUUAUGGAAACCAGAAGUGCACAGAGUUCUGAUUCAUGUCUCUAUUAGCAUUUAAGCAACAGCGGCCGAUACAGGAACGUGACAAGACUGGAGCUGUGACGAGGUUGCAAGGUCAACAUUCAAACUGAAUAGUCACGAGAAACUAAAAUAUAGAAAUAUAUAUACUUGUAUGCACAAUGAAGGAUUAAAACCUGACACGGUUUUAAGGAUUGCACUGGAUAGGAAAGUGGGUCAAACUGAUAAAGGGGAAAAAAAAAAAA